CUCUUUAUUUCAGGACAGAAUUGGCAGGUUCUUGGACCCACACUUCAAGAAAGACUCCAGCGUCCCAAUGAGCGUCACAGCCCGCUAUGGAGUCGUCCGGACCGAUAAUGAAACUGGUUCGGACUACAUGGCGGUCAACAAUCCAGCCGAUAUUGCGGUCAUCGUGAUUUACUUCCUUGUGGUUUUGGCUGUCGGAAUCGGGGCCAUGCUGAAGACCAGCCGCGGGACGGUGGGGGGGUUCUUCCUGGCUGGACGAAGCAUGGUGUGGUGGCCGAUCGGAGCCUCUCUGUUUGCCAGCAACAUCGGCAGCGGACAUUUUGUGGGACUGGCGGGGACGGGAGCAGCCGCUGGGAUCGCGAUCGGAGGGUUUGAGUGGAACGCCCUGGUGGCUGUCGUUGUUCUGGGCUGGCUCUUUGUUCCGAUCUACAUCAAAGCCGGGGUGGUGACCAUGCCAGAGUACCUGAAGAAGAGGUUUGGAGGCCAGAGGAUCCGUAUCUACCUCUCAGUCCUGUCCCUCAUCCUGUACAUCUUCACCAAGAUCUCUGCGGACAUGUUCUCCGGAGCCAUCUUCAUCCAGCAGGCUCUUGGUUUGAAUAUAUACCUUGCUGUGGUGAUGCUGCUGGCGAUCACAGCUCUCUACACUGUCACAGGCGGCUUGGCGGCAGUGAUUUACACAGACACCCUGCAGACCAUCAUCAUGGUGGUGGGAUCCUUCAUCCUCAUGGGGUUCUGUUUUAAUACGGUUGGAGGGUACGACUCCUUUGUGGAGAAGUACAUGAACGCCAAGCCCUCCAUCAUCACAGAGGUGGGGCUGAACAUCAGCGCGGCCUGCUACACCCCCCGCCCCGACUCCUUCCACAUCUUCAGGGACCCCAUCACAGGAGACCUGCCCUGGCCGGGCCUGAUCUUCGGACUGUCCAUCCUGGGGACCUGGUACUGGUGCACUGACCAGGUGAUUGUGCAGCGGUGCCUCUCUGCUAAAAACAUGUCCCAUGUGAAGGCUGGCUGCAUCCUGUGUGGCUACCUGAAGCUGCUGCCCAUGUUCCUCAUGGUCUUCCCAGGCAUGAUGAGCAGGAUUCUGUACCCAGAUGUGGUGGCAUGUGUGACCCCCAGUGAAUGUCAAAAAUACUGCGGAGCGACGGUGGGCUGCUCCAACAUCGCAUAUCCAAAGCUGGUGGUGGAGCUGAUGCCGAAUGGUCUGCGGGGGCUGAUGCUGUCGGUCAUGCUGGCUUCCCUCAUGAGCUCCCUGACCUCCAUCUUCAACAGCGCCAGCACGCUCUUCACCAUGGACAUCUACACCAAGAUCCGCAAGCAGGCGUCCGAGCAGGAACUCAUGCUGGCAGGAAGAGUCUUCAUCCUGGCUCUGAUUGGUGUCAGCAUCGCAUGGAUCCCCAUCGUGCAGUCUGCACAGAGCGGACAGCUCUUUGACUACAUCCAAUCGAUCACCAGCUACCUGGGCCCGCCCAUCGCCGCUGUCUUCCUAUUGGCUAUCUUCUGCAAACGAGUCAACGAGCAGGGUGCUUUCUAUGGGCUGGUCGUGGGGCUGUUGCUAGGACUGGCGCGGAUGAUCACAGAGUUUGCCUAUGGCACGGGCAGCUGUGUGACCCCCAGCCAGUGCCCCAAGAUCAUCUGCGGCGUCCACUACCUCUACUUUGCACUCAUUCUCUUCGGCAUCUCCUGCGUCAUCAUCCUGGGGGUGUCCCUGAUGACCACGCCCAUCGAGGACAAACAUCUGUACCGGCUGUGCUGGAGUCUGCGCAACUCCACCGAGGAGAGGAUUGAUCUGGAAUCUGACAACUGGACAAGCCCCAAGGAGGAGCCCCCCAGCGAGGACCCCGAACCCCCUCAGGAGGUGGGCUGCUUUCGCAAGGCCUAUAACUGGUUCUGCGGGUUCGAGCAGAAGUCAGCUCUGCGGCUCAGCCCCGAGGAGCAGGCGGCGCUGGACAAGAAACUGACCGACACCUCGGAGCACCCGCUCUGGAAGAACGUGGUCAACGCCAACGCCAUCAUCCUGCUGGCCGUGGCAGUCUUCUUACACGGCUUCUUCGGAUAAGCAGCAGCGCUGUGAAGAGACCUCGCCUCCGUUCUGACAGCCAGGUCUCGCUGUGCUGUUACUGCAACAGGGCUGUGAGCAACCUGCUGUAGACGAGCACGCUUGGACCUGUCCCUUUUUAAUUCAAAAUCGAUUCUACAGAAGCAAAACAAAUGUAUAUAGAAUGGGGUCAUUUUUAUUUUUUCUAUAUUUUCCCCCUGUAUUAAGUGUUUCCCCCCCUAUGAUUCCCCUGACUGAGUAAAUGUCUUGCUUUUUUCAUGCUACCUUUAAACACCUUACAGAAUGAUGCAUGUAACCCAAAGUGGCAAAUCACUGUACUGUACAGCAACCCUUUCAUGCACAUGCUACCUCAAAUAACAUUACAAGAUGUACUUCAGAGUUCCUUCUGCACACAACAUCCUGGAGCAUUUCAGUGCGAUUCCUAUAGCAAAGCUGCAUAUCCUAGUGAUCAUAGUAGCACACUAGAAUUCCCUAGUGUGAUUGCUAACAAUCUGCCUUUAAUAUAAAACCCAAUCUGUUCUUAAUAAAUCCAAUUCAUUCAUAGGAGGAGUCUGUGAGCCUCCCACCUCGCACCAGUGUAACAGAAACCCCACAAGUGUCGCACACAAUGAAGUAAACGCAUGUGUUUACACAGCCUGCUGUUUUACAUGCAGAUCCGGUGUAAGUGAAUAAUAAACUUCCUUGCUCCUGGUUUAUUCAGUCUUUGUUUUUAUGAGUCAUGUUGUCAUGGUUAAUAA